AUGGCAGUCAAUGAAACAACCGAGACGAGGGAGGGGCAUGAGAUCUCAACUGUGAGCUCUUCGACGUCGGCCAACCGCGAGAAUGCCCCAGCUUUGACAACCGCUCAGGGUCAAGAGGGGAACGCAGCAAAAAAUGUCCAAACGCCCUCGCCUAUACGUCAACAACCGUUACCACAACCAUACCCGCAGUAUCAAGCACCGUAUGCGCCUUAUCCGUAUCAGCACCCUCAACCUUACCCUUACGCUCAAGUUCGAGUCCUUCCCCCGUAUUCCAAGCCUUGGACAGUCACCAAGCUCGUGCUCACAAUUUUGACGCUCGUUUUCGCUAUCGUAAUUAUGGCUCUCUCGUGCGCUCUCCUUCCUGAAGGAGGCGACGGAGAAGGUUACGCAUUAUUCGGCCUUCCAAUCAGCAUUGCCUCUAUCCUGUGGAACGGCGCCGAGCUCAUCACUUACGCCGUCCGUGCGCGGAAGAAUGUCAAACGAGGUAUACAUCCAGGUGCUCACGUCGGCCUGCACCUAUGUUUCUGGAUCGCUUGCGUAUUCGGUGUUUUCUUCGCGGUUGGGAUAUCCAUCAGUACGCGAUCAAUGAUCAGGGAGUGCGCCGACUAUGACAGCGAUAGCCGCUACUACUAUAACUAUUGCGACAGUUACGGCUACCGAGAUACCGAGUACAUGAACAACACGUACUUGCCACUCACUCAGUCCGUAAUCGCGUUCUUCUGCAUGAUCACAAUCACCCACUUCGUCCUUUUCGUCCUGGCAUGUAUCGACACCCACAAGCGCAACUUACUGAAGCCUGCUGGAGUCGUCUUGCCCCCAGUACCGCCUAACGGAGCCAUGUACUACCCUCCCGCCCAAGUACCCGGCGCUGCGCCUUAUUACCCGUAUCCUAUGCCCGUUGCACCUGAGCAAGUACGAUAUGCUGGGGCGCCUAGCGCACCCGGCGCCCCUGGUGCGACGGAGCCGAAGACCCUGAACCCGGCUGCGGCAGGACAGAACUUUCAACCUCUAGCUGGAUUCUAUGCGCCGCCACCGAUGUCGCAAGCAUACCAGCCCCCAACUCAUCCUGCGCAGCAAUCCGCCUCGGGAUCUGAUCACGAGAAGACCGUAUCUACGCCGGCAGCAGCUGGCCAGGCUGUAUGA